CUUUUCAUCCGACAAACUCCACCCCCUACGUUUUUGGGUUGGCGUUCGCUUUAUAUCAUUGCGUAUUUAAUAUUAAUCAAUUCCUCCAUUGGUUCUUCCGCACGUCAGUUGUGAAAUAGUACUUCUCUAGGUUGGUUGACCGUCUUAUGUAUAAUAUUACUAGGAGCGCAAUGCUGAAAGUAAAAAUGUUGCGGGUUGAUGGCAAUGGGACGGGCUGAAUGGAAGCAACACCGCUGAUAAAAGGCAACAAUUAAAUUCGCGCUACUGUACUCGUUGGGGGAUACGGCUGACCAAAAUACUGGGUGCUUCAGUUCUUCCUGGAUUGCCUGCCCUCAGCCUCCCCAUGCCUCCAUCUCCCCUUGACGACAGAAUUGUGGUGGCGCUCCCAAGGCCUGUCCGACCUCAGGAACUCAAACUCUGCUUGGACGCCAGCUACCUGGAUUCUGUCACCACCACCAGUAAGACAGUCAUCAGCACAACUGUGGUGAAGAUAAGGGCUACCAAUCUCACUUAUAUGCCCUCAUCCAACGGCUCUACGCGCUCGUUGUCUUGCGGAUGCAGCAGCGCCAGUUGUUGCACGGUGACCUCCUACGAGAAGGACAGCCAGACCCAGAGCCAGGUCAGUGUCAGCAGCCCUAACUUGAGCUCCGGAGUCUGCUACGCGGGUACCACCAGCCCGAUGGUUAACAACAAUGAGGCCCUGAGUGCGCCAGCUGGAAUCCUCACCUCUGGCCCAGCAAAGACCCUGUCUGCUGUCCGCGUCAUCCAUCCCAAUGAGUUGGCCAAGAAGAUGACCAGGUGCCCUAAAGGUCAUCAAAUUGGCCCUGUGCCAGUCGUCAUCGAUUGUCGGCCAUUUAUGGAGUACAACAAAAGCCACAUCCGGGGAGCCGUGCACAUCAGCUGCUCAGACAAGAUCAGCCGCCGUAGGCUGCAACAGGGAAAGAUCACGGUUUUGGACCUGAUCUCGUGCAGGGAAGGCAAGGACUCCUUCAAAGGGAUUUUCUCUAAAGAGAUUGUGGUUUAUGAUGACAGCACGAACGAUCCCAGCAGAGUGAUGCCGUCGCAACCUUUGCACGUUGUUUUGGAAUCACUUAGGAGGGAAGGGAAAGACCCCAUUGUUCUGAAAGGAGGCCUCAGUAGUUUCAGACAGAGCUACGAACACCUCUGCGACAACUCCCUACAGCUGCAGGAGGGAUUGGAUUCUGGGGGGGCAUCUGCCUUGUCAGCAGGGGUGCCUCUUUCCCUGCCCUCUACACCUGACAUUGAGAACGCAGAGCUGACUGCCAUCUUGCCCUUCCUCUACCUGGGGAAUGAGCAUGACGCUCAGGACAUGGAGCUAAUGCAGCGGCUGAACAUUGGGUACAUCCUCAAUGUAACCACCCAUCUGCCGUUGUACCACUAUGAGAAGGGCCUCUUCAACUACAAGCGCCUCCCUGCCACGGACAGCAACAAGCAGAACCUCAGGCAGUACUUUGAGGAGGCUUUUGAAUUCAUUGAAGAAGCACAUCAAGCUGGACAAGGCUUGCUGAUUCACUGUCAAGCUGGAGUAUCCCGCUCUGCCACCAUUGUGAUUGCAUACUUGAUGAAGCACACGUGGAUGACCAUGACUGAUGCCUACAAGUUUGUCAAAACUAGGAGACCAAUAAUUUCUCCUAACCUCAACUUUAUGGGACAGCUGCUGGAGUUUGAAGAGGAUCUCAACAAUGGCAUCACACCGCGGAUUCUCACACCAAAGCUCAUUGGAGUUGAGACCAUCGUUUAACAAAGGAAAAAACAAAAAGAGAAAUAAAAGUUUGGGAGAGAUCAUUCUUUUGGUCAUUUGAUUCUGAGGAAGAAUACCCUGCCCAGCAUUCUCUGCGCUCUUGGGGUGCUGGGUUUCAGAGUGACCUGGCUGAGCUGGAGGAUGAGUUUGGGAGAGGCCUUCCUCCCCGAGGCAGGGAACUGUUCAUAAGCCCUGGAAUACUGGCUGCAUUGGAGAAGUACGGAGAACGGCGGAGCCAUGAUGCCUGUGCAGGUAUAUGCACGAGCAGAUGCAGAGUGAGAGGCCCAGAGUGUCGUCCCCUAACCAGUGGCAAGAGACUGAGGUUGCUCAAAAGGUGUCUUGUAAUGACCGUAGUGGCCACAACCAAAGGGGCCUGAUGUGUGCCCAUGUAAAACCAAACACUUUUGUUUGGUGUGUUCAUGGUCUUGCUCUAUUUUUAUAUGGGGAAUUUAAACAUGGGGAUCGGGGCACUGACCAGAAUAUGCCCUCUGUGGCUUACUGUGCAAUAAUUUCAUCGUGGAAUGCUUCAGGAGCUGGAUCUGUGUACAUAAUUGAGUGCUUAUUAAACAUUUUCCAGCUUGUGGGUGAUGAUGAUGUUUUUUAGUUCAGUUUUGGAUUACAAGUGUUGUGCUGUAUGAUUUGCCAUAAAAGUUUGUUAGGGAGGCAAAAAUUUCUUGAACUUUUUGGCACUUAAUAGCUAUCUGCUGUUGCCAGCUAUAUAUAUAAUUUCAUUCAUUUGUUCAAUUAAAAGGACUUGAAAGUAUCCAAAUAAUUCUGUAUAUUUCAGCAAUUUAAUAUAUUUCCAUAUUCACUUUCAUUGAAGUCAUCACACAGAGUGAACUAUUCGUAAAGAAAUCCCAAACUGUGUAAUUUAUUCUUUUUGAAAUGUAAAGUUAACUCUGUAAGAUGCUUUAUAUGCAUGUCGAUUAAAAGGAAACAGGUGGCAGCACUUGCAGAGACUUAGCUACCAAAAUAGCUUUUACUUUUGUACAGUAUAUAGUAAGACCAUACACUGCAGAGUAUUCUAUUUUUGGCUUGUUUUGUUGUUCAUUGCGCCUUUUUUCUUGGUUAAUCCAUGUGCCUCUAGUGACAGAAGUUCAGUGCUCUUGUAUUUAGUGUACUCUGAUUUCAUUUGUAACAUACAUAUAUAUUUUUUACAGAUAUGGGAAUUUCUGAAAUUAAUUUUAAGAUAAAUACACACUGUACCACUGUAACCUUAAACGGCAUGUUUAGAGGUUAUAGGUAGAGGCUGGGUUUUAAAAAAAGUAGCCCUUGUUUAAUCUUUGGACACAUCAGGUCAUGCUAUGCAGUAGUCUGAUUUUCCACAAUACAUGAUGUUGCCAUUCUGUAAUAAUGCCAGUAUGGUUGCCUUAAUCCAUAUUUUACCUCAUGGCCCUCUUUAAGGCAGUAAUCCAGUCUUCAUCUGCAACCAUUGAAAAAACAGGUUCAGGACUGAUGUCUUCCCAAAAAGUUAAACUUUUGCAUUAAAACAAAUGUCAUGGAAUAAAAAUGUUUCACAUUUGGUGUUUGUAAGCCAGGGAUACCAGGGAGGUUUCUCUGGCACAUUGUAGUAGUACUAUUUCUUCUCGUCCCAGCACUUUUUAUAAUUAUAGUGGCCCUACUUACUUUUAACUGGAGUAAUAGCUCCCCAUGGUAUCACAUGUCCGUCCAAGUUUGAUUAAAAAUCUUUGUUUUAACAUUUACAGAACAGCAAAGCUCUCAACAACUGGAGGACACAUCUUCUAAGGGAAUUGGGUAUACAGAUAUUUUAAAUUAUUUAAAAAAAGUUGAGAGUCAAAAUCAUUACAUAGGUGGCUGUGGUUACUUCGACAUUGAAACAAAUCUAUAUUUGAACAAAAAAAAGUUUAUCUAUGCUACUUGGCAGGUUUGCAUAUAUUGUUCAAUAUGCAACAUAUUGUUUCCAGUACACACACUGACAUUGCAGAGUUAAUUCUAGGUAACUUUUGAAUGGCUGGGAAAGAUUGGCAUCACAAUGUGCUUCCCUUGUACCCUCUUUUACAGCACUUCUCAUAUAAUCCUGCAGCCUGUUUGCAUUAAAUGUUAUGCCGGAGUUUCUGCAACUGAAAAUGACUUCUUGGGACUGUGGUUCUCGUUUUGUAUUUAUGCCCCAGUAGAACCCUACUUAGUGAGACAUAAUCUUGGAAAAACAGUUUUUUUUUUUUUUUUUUUUCUUCAGAUUUCCAUCCAAUUUAAUUCUAAAAGGAUUUUAACUUUCAGAGUAAAAUGAGGUGAAUAUGGAAAAAUAUAUGUGUUAUGUGUGCAUGUGAUAUAGUUUUUCUGUUGCAGAAAACAGCAGUCUAUGCAGUUUGGAUAUCUGAGCACAAACCGUCGCCUUUGUCACAAAGAUGAUUCAACACUUCUCUAAUAAAUGAAAGCAAAUGAAGAAGCUUUCUUUAACACACUGUGUUCUUGCAUAUACGUGUUUGCUUUUUUGCUCGAGACAUGUGGUAUUCCCACAGAAAAUUACUAGUGUUCUUCUGUUUAGCUAUUUCUUAUUCAUAACCAUGUCUAAUGUUUGUCAAAAGAGAAUAAAUGUUUUCAACUCCUGUCCUUUUCUCUAUACCAUAUACCUCUACAGAACACCAGCAUGUCAUUUGUUUGUGAUCAGAUCCAGAACACAGUGAGGAAGAGUGACAUAUGCAAGCAUGUCCCAGUAAUAGCAUGGCAGAGGAUUUCUGAGGAGUGACCGGCAUGCAAUUUUGUAAAAAUAAAACGAUUUUACUGAACAAGAAGGAAACCCUUACAAUGCUAUUAAAUCUUAAGUUGUAGUGUAAGGCAAAGGACAUAUCCUUGUUUCUGAUGUUUACUGGAGUUAAACUGAAAUGAAUUGAAUCACACUUGGCAUUCAGUUUAUCUAUUUCGAUGCCAUCUAGCUAGUCUGCUACCAGGUUAAGAUAACUACAUUCUUUUACCAAGGCUUUGAUAAUUACGUUUCUGAUAUUUCUCUUUUUCAGCUGGUACAUUUUCUUGCAUUUCAGUUGACAUAAAAUGUCAGCAGUACAGUCAAUAUGAGCUGAAAACAAUUAUAAAAUAAGAAAUGGAUCCCUAUACAUGAAAUUACUGGCAAUUAACCAAAGUUUGUUCUUCUUAUUAAUCUUAUAUUAUUGUUCAUAAUAUGUCUAUAAAUCUUUGCAAGUGUCACUUUGAAAUCAUAUACUUAGCUUCUGGACUACCAUUGGGUCAAACGUAGUUUUUGCUUAAAAUACGAGAGAUCAUGAGCAAAAGGCUUCUGCGUUUACAUACGUUCAUGAGUAUGACUGUGAGUUGUGCAUGUACAUAUAUGCAUAUGCAUAGGAACAGUAAACUUUCACUCAAAUGAUGAGUUUGAAGGACUGGAUAUAUGAGGCAAUCCAUGAACAAUGUGGAAUGGGCCUUUUUGGAAUAGUGUGUUGCUGGUAUCUGUUCACUCGUAAGGAUGUUUAAUGUGAAAGUUGUUGAAGGUUGCUCGAUAUUGUUAUCUGUUAAAAGCAGGUAUGUGUAAUUGGAAAGAAACAUUGUUCUGAGCCAAUGUGAUAACAUUCAAAAAUAUGUGCUAACUGUCCACGCAUAUUCACUCUCUUCCUAUUGUAUUUAAAAGCAGAAGCGCUUCCUAUAUACAGGUGAGAAAUAACUGUGUUUCAAACAAAUACUGCAUAUUGCUGUGCAGCAAAAAAUAGCAUGGCCAUUUUGUGUUUUAGUUACAAGAACACAACAUGCCAAAUAUAUCCCGUGAUGUUCUGGCUCUGACUGAGCCACAUGAUUUAUGCAGACUGUUUGCAAUGCUCAAGCAAGGUGGUUUUGAAUUUCUGACAAUGGUGAAAUGGUCCUGGUUCUGGUUUUGUGUGUAAGGUCCACACAUUAUUUGUCUUGUUUGAUUUGAAAUGUUCAUCACUAGGUAUGCUUCCGAAAUGUGUUGCUUCGUUGAGCUGCUUGUGUUGCUCAUACAAGUACAGAUGCACUUAGUGUGUGCCUGUAGUCUGUUGUCCAAUAGGUAUUGUCUGCGUUCAUUAUUUUAUUUCUAUGCAUAAAUCAUUAAUAUUUUUGCACUGACUUAUAAACAGCAGGAUUUAUUUUUUCAUAAGGGUGCUAUAAUUACGGAGGCCUUC